AUGCGGACUGUUGGCACUUUUGCCUAUAUUGUCCUGGCGAAUGCAUGUCCACGAACCAUUGUCAGAGACGUCGUCGUGAUAGGGGGUGGAGCGCCGCGGCGCAUACGCACCGGUUGCGUCUUGCGUGUCGACCUGAACAAAGACGGUGGCUUUGGUGGAGAAGGAAGAAAUCUUGGGGGUGAAGACAUUUGUCGAGACCCCCCAACGCCCAUGCCUUCUUUGCCCGCUACGGCGAUCAGCAUCACUACCGAGUAUGCCGACUCCACCUCCAGCCAGGGCGUCCUGUUUGUGCCGCCCUCGUCCAAUGCAAGCAGCAACGCCACGAGGAAGUACAAGGGAAGUGGCCGAGAAGAUACCCCAGAUGAUCUGUUGAUGCCCUUUCGUGGCUUUGGGGACAAAUAUCAGAUCCAGGACGUCGUCCCUACCAUCUGGCGGAUCACGGGGUCGGCGUUUUGUGUACCCAUGACCGGCGCCAUGCUCAUGGAGCAGGAACAGAUGGUCGUGGCUUGGGAUCGCAACCCGGAUCUUCUGGAAUUGGACGAGCAAAAGCGCGACUCGAUCAGCAAGCUAAACUGCAACGCAAACUGGGCUGGCAUCGAAAGCUCGCAUCUUCUAGGCAAUGGGACUCUAUACAGCAUCCGGGCAUCUGCCGCAGCAGCAAACUACCUGGAGCUGCCCAAAUAG